AUGAAGCGACCAUUUUCCGACGUCGACAACGAUGCAGAGUCGCAAGCACGACCGCCCCGAGCAAACGGCUUCAAUCCGAAGCGCCAGAAGCAAUACGGAACCGGCAAGCACAAGGCGAAGGAGGGCAGCCUGGGAUUUUCAAGGAAGAGGGCUCGGAAUAUCGAAAGAUUGCUACAGCGGAAGAAGGAUCUCCCCGCCAAUAUUCAAAAUGACAUGCAACGAGAACUGGAGGCACACAAGUCCACCGUCUCAGACAAAUCUUUUCAGAAGAAGCGAAGUGCAAUGAUUUCGAAAUAUCACAUGGUUCGAUUUUUUGAACGAAAGAAAGCUUCGCGAUUAGCAAAGCAACUCAAACGCAAGAUGGAGCAAAAUCCUGAUGCCGACGAUAUUGAAGAUCUGAGACGCCAACUUCACAUUGCGGAGGUUGAUGAAGCGUACACGAUGUAUCAUCCUCAUGUAGAACCUUACAUCAGCUUGUACGGGAGUCAGAAAGCAGAAGGCAAAGACGAGGAGGAGGAUGCAGCGGACGCCAGUGAGACAAAACAGACCCCGAUAGCCAAAGCUGCUCUUAACUCUGAACGACCGCCGAUGUGGUCUGUCGUCGAGAAGACCAUGGAAGAGGGACUUGAUGCGUUGAAGCAGUUACGGGAGAGGAGAUCGGCAGGCGAUUCAGCGCCUGCUCCAAAGAAGUAUCGUGCAGCGGUGAAUAAAGCUGCAUCAAACAACACAGUGCCGAGGCCGCAAGCCAAAAAGACUCAGGAGCAGAAACACCCUGUCUCUGUCAAGGAUACGACCGGCAAGCAGGGCAAGGAACAGCCGCAACUCAACAGAAGAGAGCGAAGAAGGCUUAUGCGUGAGGCGAUGCCUGCGAACAAGUCUGAUGACGAUGAUGAUGGUGGAUUCUUUGAGGAAAUGUAG